CAAACAGUAACCCAUUACACACAGACACACAAACAAACAAACAGUGCCGUACAACUUAGCACAAGCCCUAAACCUUGUUCUAAAAUUUUGACUGUCAUACUUGCGGGUCUACCCCUUCUCUCUCGGGUUUCCUUUUGCUUUUAAGCUCCAUGGAGAGCUCUUCUUCUUGCCCAUCCGAUUCAAAUCCAAAGCCCCCUGGUGCUUCCAAGUUCCUCUCCAAUCUUCCCUCCCGCGGCUUCUUGUCCUCCACCGUCUCCUCCUCUAACCCAGGUGGGAUGCGGGUUUAUAUUUGCGAGCAUGACACAUCACCUCCAGAGGGCCAACAAAUAAAGACUAACCAGACAAACAUUCUGAUAAGAUCACUCCAGCUUAAUAAACAUAAGGGUGAUUCAAGUUCGAAGGAUGUGAAGGUGUUAACUGCAACUGAGGGUUCUAGAAAGAGGGCUCCAGAAAGAGCUUUGGAUUCCAGGGCGCCAGCAAAGAGAGGCAAUAAUCAGAUUGGUUCUCGACAAGGUUUUGAGCACACAGAGGGAUCUGAUAGCCGCACAUCAGAUAAGGAUUAUUACAGUUUGACAGUAGAGAGGCUCCGGGCUCUCCUGAAAGAGCGAGGCCUUUCACCCAAAGGAAAGAAGGACGAGCUGGUUGCAAGGUUGAGAGGUGUGUAAAGUGUAAAUGGUUGAUUGUUCAGGUGCAGGGUUGAAUAUAAUCUCUGCGUGUGUACCAUCUACAUCCAGGAUAAGGAUAGUAGAUGAUUUUCUCUUCUUCUAUGUAACUUGGAAAAUAUAAAAAAAAUGUUUAACUUGGAAGUUAAAUAAAACUUUUGCACAAGAAUGAGCUCGCUGCUGCUCUUGAGAA